AUGGCUACCACCACAUCUACUAACAUCCCCCCAACUCCACAACACAUCCUAAUCAUCGGAGCCGGCGAGUUCGGACUAGCCACCACACUCUCGCUGCUCUCGAAUCCCACAUACUCAAACACCAGGAUAAGCAUAGUGGACAGCUCGCCACAACUGCCCAACCCAUCGGGCUCAUCCGUCGACGCCAACCGGAUCGUGCGCGCAGACUACGCGUCGACCCCGUAUUCCAAACUCGCGCUUGAGGUUCAGGAGCUGUGGCGUGACACGACGCCCGACGGCUGGGGCGGGGAGGGACGAUACCACGAGCCCGGAUUCGUCUUGACGGCCGAUCAAGGCCAUGGUGCGUACGUGCAGAAGUCGCUCGACAAUGUGCGUGCGUUCGCGGCGGCGGAUGUGAGUGGCGGAGGGGAUUUGACUAAGAUCCGCGAAUUGCAUGGCCAUGUGGAGAUCCAGGCCGCCACGGGCUAUGAGGGUGUCAGUGGUGACCAUGGCUAUGUCAACGGGAAUUCGGGCUGGGCGGAUGCCGAGGCGUGUGUUGCUUUUGCGUUGCGGAGGGUGGAGCGGGAACGAGGUGAUCGAGUUGCCAUUUACAGCGGUGCAAAGGUCGAUCGGCUGUUGUUUUCAGACGAUCACGGUGUCACAGGCGUGGAAUUGCAAGAUGGGAGGCAGAUGCAUGCCGAUCUCACCGUUCUCACUGCUGGAGCUUGGAGCCCGUCCCUCAUUGACCUGCAAGGGCGAUGUCUGGCAACGGGUCAGGCUGUGGCAUUCAUCGACAUCACCGAAGACGAGCAGGAGGCCAUGGCACACCGGCCCGUGGUCAUGAACUGGAGCCAGGGCAUGUUCAUCAUUCCCCCUCGCGACAGAAAGCUCAAGAUCGCGAGACACGGCUAUGGAUAUCGGAACCUGGUCAAGAUUCCUCGCAAGAAACUACAGCCUGAUGCUGGCAAUGCUGGCGACGACGAAGACGACUCGAUUAUUGAAGUCAGUGUUCCUGAAGUCGCCGUCCCUAUACCUCUAGAAGCGGAAGACGCAAUUCGUGAAGCAAUGGGGGUUCUCGUCCCGCACAUGAAAGACCGGCCGUUCACGCGGACUAGGAUAUGUUGGUACUGCGACACCCCAUCAGGCGAUUUCCUCAUGACCUACCACCCACACCACAAGAACCUAUUCAUCGCCACGGGAGGAUCCGGCCACGGAUUCAAGUUCUUCCCCGUGAUAGGCGACAAAAUCGUCGAUGCACUGCAGGGGAAGCUAGACCCGGAGCUGGCAGAGCUGUGGCGGUGGAGGACACCGGAAGAUUUGAAGCGGGAUAUGGAUGGGGAGACUUUUUUGGGCUGUGAUGAUGGGAGUCGCGCCGGGAGAAAAGGGAUGAUCUUGGCUGAGGAGGCGAAGAGGACGAGAACGUGA